GUUGAAAUACCGAGCUGCAUCGAAAUAUACCGACAGCACACAAACAAAAGUGUGAUCGUAGACUAUCAACACAUGGGAGGAGUCCGAACGAACGCAGAGAAAUAAAUAAGGUUUUAUCUCCUAAAGCUGUUGAGACAAGAGUCAAUUGUUGUGUAGACCUGUACUUAUCAACAGUCCUCCAGAGGUAUACUCGAUGAUACAGUGACUGGAACCUGGUGAGCAGUGUUAAACUUUUGCAUAGGUCUUCCUUGGAUAAAAUGCUGCUACGCAAGAUUAGACUCUUUGGUAGUGGGAGAAAUGUUCUGUCAAGAAUUUGUUUGGAGCCUGGGACAUCUAUCUUCCAGGGAAAUCUGGGAGCACCAUGCUUCUCCAGUCAACAGUCUCAAAGACACUUUGUACCUGCAGCCAAUAGCAGCUACAGAACAUCUUCCAAUGUAACCCAGACACCAUGGUUAAUAUCCACUCACAAUAGAAAGUCAAGCACUGUUUUAUUGGACAGUUUGCAAGGACAUAAAAAUGAUGUUUUGCAACAAACGGUGCAAAGUCUCCACUCUCAAAGUGACAUUUUAAGAACAGCAGGGUCCCUCUCAUCGUGCAAACCUUGUAUUGCUGAAUACCAUGUCACAGCAAGCAAGAGACAGGUUGUCAAUGAUGAAGAUGGAUUGGCAAACAAGGACGGUUGGUUUCAGAGACACAAGAUGCAGUUGAAGUCCGCUCCACCAGCAGCGCUCGUCCUAGGAUUCUCUGGGUUGAUACCUUUCAUCGCUCCUGCAGCUUACUCCAUCAUCACUUUCUCCUGCGGACCUCAGGUCGCCUUCGCCCAGGUCGCCUACGGUGCCUGCAUCCUGUCCUUCUUAGGUGGUGUCCGAUGGGGCUUUGCUAUUUCCCCCAGUGAGACCCCCACCUCCUCGAGCCUCGUAACCAGUGUGCUGCCCUCGCUUGUUGCCUGGACGGGUCUCAGCAUGCCCAUCCAGCCGGGUCUCGUCUGCAUCAUCACGGGUCUUGCGCUGGCAGGGAUUGUGGACUCUCGCUUUAAGUCCUUCCCAUCCUGGUUCCGCUCUCUCAGGUUUCUCCUCACCACGUUCGCUAUCCUCUCCGUUUCGGUGACCUUUGGCUUUAGUAUCCUCUACCCUCCCUCUGAGCCAGAGCAUGGCUAUAACUUCAAGAAGCUCAUCAAGAUUGCCCAAAUUAUUGUGCAAGAUUAAGGACAAUUUUACAUUGCUGCAAUUAUUGAAGAAUCUUAAAGUUGAAGUUAUUUUUACCAAGUCCAAAGUAUUUUGUCCUGUAUGUUACCAACAUCAUCAUAAUUGUUGUCUCGCCUGCGUAGCAAAAAGCGAGACAUAGGUGCCGCUUUUGACGGUGACGGUGGCGGCGGCGGCAGCAACGGCGUCAACAUCAAAAACUUACCUAACCUAAGGUUAAGUUUUGAAUUUUUUAUAUAAUUUUAAAGUAUAAGUAUU